UCUUCACUUUUUUUGUCGCCGUUAAACGUAUUUUACCACCAUCAAUUUAUCUGAUCUAAUCCACGUUAGCUAGCAACUAGCUUGUACCUCGUGUGGAAAAAUGACUCGAUGAAAUGUUUGUUUGUUGUUCUGUCCGUGACAGUAUACACCAAAUCUAUUCACACAACGAACAACAUGAUUGAGCUCCCCAACUACAGCAGUCAGCUGAUGCAGCAGCUGUGUGCCCUGAGGAAGGAGGGCCACUUUUGUGACUGCACCAUUCUUGUAGGAGACAACCCUCACCGUGCACAUAAACUGGUGCUGGCUGCUUCCAGCAUGCUGUUCAGGUCACUGCUGGACAGUUCCGAUACCGUCUCCAUUGACACGACGGUGGUCUCCUCGCAGGAGUUUGUUUGUCUUCUAGACAUGGUCUACACAGGCAAGCUACCUUUUGGCAAGCACAACGUCAGCCGCAUCAUCGCCGCCGCAGACAGCCUGCAGAUGUUUGACGUGGCUGUGAGCUUUAAAAAUGUCCUCACCAACAUCAUCAACCAGCAGCCCCCGGCAUCCUCCGCCUCCACACAGAUCACAGCCCUCCCCUCGGCCAGCAAACAUCCUCACGCUUCAGCGCCGCUCGGGGUGGAUGAGACACUUGAAGGUGGGCUCGAGGUGAAGCAUGAGUCAGAGAAGGAGAAAAAUGAAAAUGCGAAGGAGCCCCCGUGUAAGAGAGUCUGUCAGGAUCUUUCAGAAACCUCAGGGCCUGAGCAAAGCCAAGCCACAGAGAGUGUUGCACCGGAAGAAAACGUAGCCACGGCUAAGGAGACCACCAAGGCUGCACCUGCACUUUUGGAGCGCUCCUCUCAGCUCAUGGAGCUCCUCGCCGACAUGCCAGAUGUUGUUCAACUGUUGAGCGGAGCAGCUCACAGCUGUCUGGGAGAACAGGAGAGACAGGUUGUGAGGGAGUGCUGUGAAGACUCGGACCCCAGCUCGGCUGUGAAGAAGCUGAUGAGCGAAGUGGAGAAGGGACUCGUCAGCGGGCAAGCUCUCCUGAAGCUGCUCCGCUCUGUCCAACAGAAAGCUCCCUCCCCCUUCCCCGUGCCGCUGCUCUCUCAGCUGGAGGACUUGGAGAAAGCCACUCAGGAGCCGGGCGGGGGCCAAAACGGAGUUAACCCCGAACAGAACAGCAUUGAAGUACAGCUGGAGAAAAGCGAUACGGAGAACCCCAAAGAGGAAGAGAAAGACGCAGACUGUCCGUCGCCCUCCAAGUCGUACUGCUGUCACUGGUGUAAGAAGACUUUUGCCUACAAGUGUCGACUGGUGGCCCAUAAGAAGCGCUGCCCCAUGUCUGACGAGGGUCGGCUGCAGUGUCCGCACUGCCCCGAGAAGCUCGCCAAUCAGCGGGCCCUGCAGCGCCACCUCACGGAGGCUCACGCCGGCAGCACAGGAGCCAAGAAGAAGAAGAAGAAGAUAGCCUGUGACCUCUGCGGGCGCACCUUUGCGCACCCGUCAGGUAUGAUUUACCACAAGCGGACGGAGCACUUUGACGAGAAGCCGUUUGCUUGCGAGACGUGCGGUGCCAAGUUUUCUGCCACCUCCUCUCUGAAGAAUCACAUGCGGCUGCACACGGGAGAAAAACCAUUCCGCUGUAAACACUGCGACAUGAGCUUCAGCGUGUCUGCUGCACUUGCGUACCACACCAAGAAGAAACACUCAGAGGGUAAGAUGUACGCGUGUCAGUAUUGCAAGGCUGUCUUCGCCCAGUCCAUCGAGCUCUCGCGCCACGUGAGAACACACACUGGUGAUCGGCCCUACGUGUGUCGGGAAUGCGGGAAAGGCCACAGCCAGGCCAGUGGCUUGACGGUCCACCUGCAGACUUUCCACAACCUGCCGCAGGCCCUCGACUGUCCGAAGUGCUGCCUCAGCUUCCAGACUUUGGAGGAGCAUCAGAAGCACAACGAGGAGUUCCACCUGAAGGAGUUCCACAAGUGCCCCACCUGCAGCAAAGUCUUCACCAGCGUCGCCCUGCUGGACAAACACAACACCUUGCACACCGGACUCAAACCCUUUAUCUGCAACUUGUGCAACAAGUCUUACCAGCAACUGUCUGGGCUGUGGUACCAUAACAGGACCAACCACCCUGAUGUGUUUACCAGCCAAACGCGGCAGCUGAAGACCCUGGUCCAGUGUGACGUCUGUUUCAGGUUCUUCCCCAGUGCCGCCAGCUUGGCCAAACACAGAAAAGCUGAGCAUGAAGGCUCUGCGGCGUCCACCUUGCGCUGCCCGCACUGUCAAGAUGUGUUCAGCAGCCAUGAUGAGUUGCAUGCACAUAUCAACUCCCAGCACACAAAAAACAUCAAGCAUUGGAUCUGCCCGCUCUGCAGCCUGGUUAGCACCUCCCAGCUGGAGCUGCAGGAGCACCUCCUGUCCUGCCACAUGGAGGCCCAGCAGACACAGGAGGAGGCCGGUGAAGAGCAAGCUGCCAAUACACACACGAUGAUCUCCGUACAGGAAGCGGAGGGCGAGGCGUGCGCGGAGCAGUCGCAGAUGGCCGUGACCCAGCAGGUGUUUGUGGCUCUGGACCCGCCUUCAGAGGUGGUCGAGGUCAACAUGUUUGAUCUCCUGAACAAUUCCGUCACCUUCAUCUGUGAAGACAAAGCACCUGACAUGUAGCAGCCAGGAAACAAGCUGCAAGUCAUUUCACUGUGUGACACAAUUGUUGUGUAUUUAUGGAUUUGUCAUGUCAGCAAAUACAGUGGAACCUCGGUUCUCCUACGCUCAUAUGAUUCGGCUUUCAUAUAAUGUUGCCAAUAAACUGUUGGAUUUUA